ACCUGCACAAAUGUAGACCUUGCCAAAAGCGAACACGGACGGAAUGCCCUCGUUUUUUCUCCGUAGCUCUUGAGUUUUUGGACUGAUGAAAACUUUUCGAACUUUUCAUCUCGCUCUUGAUUUUUGAACAACGUUGCAUCUAGCGUUCGUUCACGGUAUGCCUUCUGGCUGUAAACGCGCAAGCAACGCGAUAUCAACUCGAUGAAUAUUAGCUAAUAAGCGUACCCCAACCAGUACUCAGAAGAACUUUCUUCUUCAUUCGCUACCUAUUAUCACGAGCACACAAACACACACACAUAGAUACAAAGGGGCACCGUACGCACGCAGCCCUCAUUGCCGUCAUUGUAAAAAAAAAGUCCGGAGACUCCGCCACCAUACCUGUUCCGCGAUGGGCAAAUAAGAAUCUCGACAGAAAUUGGCAUCUUUGGCUUGUACAGAAGAAAAGGUUUUCGUGUCGUGUAAGUGUAAGUGCGCGAAAGUGAAAAGAAAAGUGACUACAGUGCGAUAAAAGUUACGUCGCGGCGAACACAUCGACGGUGGGUCACCCCCCCCUAAUAGUGUUUGCGGCACCGAAAGUGGUCAACGCAAAUUAUGAGCAACGGGUGAACCGUGUGUAGCAUCGAAUAGCAUCGGUGUUGUGAAUAAUCGGUGUGCAUUUUGGGCAGUUUUUCCCCAACAUCCGGGAAGUUAUUUAUCCAUCUGGAACGCAGCAACCAUCUCAGCCAUAUAUCGAACGCGAAUGGCCGCAAUGUGAAUAGUGUGUAAGUGUCUCCUGUUGUGCCGCCUGUGCUGUAGGACUGAGUCCUCUACCUCGGUAGCUAGGACCUAUACACGCAUUCGCACGGUUUGGGUGCGUCAAACGCAACCGUGACAGUGUGGUAAUCGGUAUCGACUGUCCCGGUCGUUACUAAAAAUCAACAACAUCAUUGUUACACACAGUGUUGCAAGCGAUGCAACCAAACUUCUGUGAACACAGCGGAUCCAUAAUUGCCAUUGCCGAUCGCAGCAAUCGUAAACAACAUUGAACCCGCAGAAGAAGGUGUCGUUGCGCCUUUCACUAGCACAUCGGUCUCAUUUUGGAUAAGAACCGGCCGUGUUUCGGUGCACGUAUGAGGAAAGUUAUUCGUUUCUACACCACGUCACGUUACACUCCCGUGUGCAUCCGGUACCUCCUUUAGCACUUGGUCCACCGCCGUGCUCAGCACCAGCAGUAGCAACCUGCAUGCGUAAGAACGCAAACCGAACACGGGUCUAGUUUAGCAUUUUAUUAACACACGCUGUAAAAGCUAAAGUACACUACCCAAAACGUGUUCCUUCAUCAGUUUGUGUCGCUUCAACCAAGUUAGUUUGGAUAAACAUAUUUGAUACACACUGCUACUGAAUGGAACGAGAACGUGACCGAGAACGGGGCAGCAGUGGUGGUGGAGUAGCCGGUGGCAGCAGCGGACGAAUCAAACACUCAAAGAAGCGAUCACGCAAAAGUAGCAAGAAGUCGAAAAGGAAACGACACAACUCUGCAUCGGAUGUGGACGAUUUGUCUUCCGCUUCGUUCGGCGAGGAUGCGAAACGAUACGCACGAUCACACAAGGAUGCGUACGACGAUAGUAGCGGAGAACUGGAGGCUGAGCGUACCGAGCGCACCGCACUGUCCGGUGGUAAAUCCGGCGUAGAAUAUUCCGACGUAAGUUCGGACGAUUUUUCCGCUCCCGAAGCGGGUGAAAUUGAAACGGACGUUUCGGAAGCGGCCGAAGUGGUGGACGGUGUGGUGGUGGACAAUGGAGAUAAUUCGUUCAUCAGUGGCGAUGAUGAAGGGGACGAUAUUGGUAGAAGCAAGAAAAGUAAAAGUAAAUCACGCCACCGCCAUCGACAUCAUCGGCACAAGAAAUCGCUCGUGGACGGUCACUGUAAAAGCAGUUCGCAUCGAUCGAGCUCGAAACGUUGGAAACGAACGCCACAAACGAAACGGGGCGAAAUGGAUGUGCGAAGCAGAACACCAUCGUUACCGGAUGUUGGCGAACCGAACCGAUCGUUGGCGGAAACAAAGGUAACGAUUGCCACCUCUUCCAUCAGUGGUUCGUCCAAUCGCUCGAAAAGGAUCAAUUCGAUAUCGUCCGAUACUUCGUCGAUGAAGUAUAGGAGGCAGAAAAAACGAUCCAAACUAAACGAUGAGCAACAGGCGGUGGAAGAUAGCACGUUGGUGGAUGAACAGGACGAUACAUUAGUGCGGACCAAGGACGACGCAAGCGUUGAAGCAGAUGCGAGAGGGGAAGGAGCGGACGGGAAUGGAGGCGGCACCGGUACAGAAGAUUUGGACGAUGAAAAUGAGGAUGAGGAGGAGGAGGAGGAGGAGGAGGGAGAUGAGGAGGAAGAAGACGAAGACGACGAUGGUGAGGAGGACGAGGAAGACGAUAUCAACAAUGAGGGACAGUCGGUUUCGAGCAGGAAACGGAUCAAGAAAAGUAAGAAGGAUAAAAAGCAUAAGCGAAACAAAAAGGCAAAAAAGCGAAAGCGAAAACUGCGCACCAAAUCGAUAUCGAGCAUUGAGACGAUCUCGGAAAGUGAAGGUUCCCUGCUAGAAUCAAUGACGCCACCACUGAAGCAGUCCCCCCAUUAUAGACAAGUUGGUAGUCGCGAGGGUAGCAAAUCGUACACGCCGGUACAUAACGACACCAGCCUUACACCAGUCUCGCCAGGGACUCCACCGCUGCAAGACCAUCAUCAUUCAACGCGCCACUCGCUGAACAGUCCGUAUGACGGCCAUCAUGAUGGCGCUAGACGAAGCCGCAGUCCGAUCGAGCGAGACGUCGACCAUGAUCGUGAGCGGGAUCGUGACCGUGAUCAUCGCGAUCGGGAACGGGAUCGUUCGUCGACUGCUGGUGGCAGCGGCAGUAGCCGUAAACUGUACAUUACAUCUUCCCCCCAUACACCACCAGUCGCCAUGCAUAAGAAAAGCUCAUCAUCGUACCAUGAUCGUUCGCUCCAGCAGCACCCUAGCAGUCCAAUCGAUCUAGACAGUCCACCGCCACCGGUGCUGCGUCACAGACGGAGCAGUAGUCAUCGGGAUAGCAGUCGGCGGCGCAGUCAAUCAAACGAUCGGCGGUACAGCACCAGAAGGACACCUUCACCAAACUCUCGGCACAAACCACACACUCCUCCACCCACUAAGCGGCGACGAGACAGAUCACCCCCGGAGAAGGAUUACUAUCGGAAAUCAGAUAGCCGUAGCUACAGUAAACGAGAAAGGGACUGGGAUGAUCGUCGUGGCAAUGAGUCCCAUAAACGGUUCUUGAGCAGAACUCCAAGCCCAAGCAGCAAUCGACGAUCGCGACGAACGCCAUCGCCUGCCCCGACGAGCAGGACGAGAUCAACACGGAAGGGUGGAUAUUAUAGUCCCUCGCCGGAACGAAGCACCGUCGGCAGCAGCAGCUACAUUUCUUCACGCUCGAGGCAUCGUUCGCGCAGCCCUCGACGUUCGCCCCUAUCGUCAUCCGCCAGCAAGCGUUACUCCAGCAGCAGAUCCCGCUCACCGCAGAUGCCUUCAGCAAAAAAGAUGGACCUACAGAAGAAAAUCACCGAUACCAGCUUCUUCGCAGAACUGAUCAAAGACAAACACAAGCGCAAUAAAACGCUGCAAGAGAUUUUGGAAAACAAGAAGAAAAACGACGCAUCGGGCGGCAAUGCGGCUAAUGAUGGCGCAACGCUUGAUGGUGACAGUCUAAAGAGCGAUGGCAACAAUGGUACAUCGAACCCAGCUGGUGCGCUCGAAGCAUCCAGUGCAAAUGGAAUAAAGGACACAAACGCGCUAGCAAAUGUUACCGAUAUUCCUAUGCCGGAGUCAAUGGAACAUUUACACACCCACAGCGAUCAAAUCGAUGGCGGCAGGGCUGCUUUACUGUCGGCGAACUGUUGUGACGUUAGCAAUAGCAAUAGCAAUGGUAGCAAUAGUAACCUGGUUCCCGAUUCACGUAUACCUGUGAUAACGAACAAUGCAGUGCAUCAUCAUCAUUCUCAUCAUUGUCCUGCAGCAAACUUCUCCGGUACGAGCUUCAGCAAUCUAGCGCACGUCGAAACGAGCGCGGAACCAACUGCACCGUCGGAGGCGGGCAACAGCAACACAAGCAGCGGCAUCGCACCAACGAAGCCAAAAAGUCUUACCAAUCUCCCGAUGCCGCCCGGUGUGAAUGUGGCCGAUCUGGAAGGUGCGCAAACGCCGAGCCCAUCGGGACCGAUCAGCCCCGUUGCUGCGGUGAGUACGAUGAAAAUUAUGCCCAUUCCUACCUUGACCACUACCGGUGCCGUACCGCUGCCCGUUACAAACAAUGCCGCAAGCGUAAGCAAACAGCGCACCGAUAGCCAUAGCAAAUCGAACGCGUUGAAUGUGCCCACAUUGGCAGCAGUUCCUUCCACCGCAGUCACCACUGCUACUUCAGCUACCUCGACACUACCGGGCAUUAAGAAGGGUUUACUCAAUCUACCGAUGCCACCGAUGGUACCCGGGUCGGAGGAUUUAAGUGGCGACGAAGACAUCGGAUCACCCUUAUUGCUCAGCAAUCGUGACUCCAACCAGAACCAAACACAAUCAGGCCAAACCAGUGUCAAUAAUAAUAACAACAGUAGCAUAAACAAUCGGUAUAAGGGUGGCAUUGCCAGUACGGUUGCGACCACCUCCACCCAGCCAUCAUCCGGUGCGGGUAAGGUACCAAUGACACGGCCAAGAAUUUUAAAUCGGCGCCAUUCCCGCAACAUGACAGCGCCGAUGUCCGCAUCCGGUGGAAAAGACUGGGGCGAACGGUGUGUGGAAGUGUUCGAUAUGCUUGAACAAAUUGGUGAAGGUACAUACGGACAGGUUUACAAAGCGAAAGAUCAGCAAACGAACGAACUCGUUGCGCUGAAGAAGGUACGCCUGGAGCACGAAAAGGAAGGCUUCCCGAUUACGGCAGUGCGGGAAAUUAAAAUCCUUCGCCAGCUGAACCAUCAAAAUAUCGUGAACCUGCGCGAGAUUGUGACGGACAAACAGGACGCGCUCGAGUUUCGCAAGGACAAGGGUUCGUUCUAUCUGGUGUUCGAGUACAUGGAUCACGAUCUGAUGGGGUUGCUCGAGUCGGGCAUGGUAGAUUUCAACGAGCAGAACAAUGCGAGCAUAAUGCGCCAGCUGCUGGAUGGGUUAAACUAUUGUCACAAGAAAAAUUUUCUCCACCGUGACAUCAAAUGCUCCAACAUUCUCAUGAAUAACAGAGGUGAGGUGAAGCUUGCUGAUUUUGGACUAGCACGGCUGUACAACGCAGACAAUCGGGAACGUCCAUAUACGAACAAAGUAAUUACCUUGUGGUACCGUCCACCGGAGCUACUGUUGGGCGAGGAACGGUACGGUCCAGCGAUCGACGUAUGGAGCUGUGGAUGCAUUCUUGGCGAACUGUUCCUCAAGAAGCCAUUGUUUCAAGCCAAUCAAGAACCUGCCCAGCUGGAAAUGAUAUCGCGAUUAUGCGGUACACCAACGCCGGCCGUAUGGCCAAACGUCAUCAAGCUACCGUUAUUCCAUACGCUCAAAUCAAAGAAACAGUACCGUCGUAAGCUUAGAGAGGACUUCGUUUUCAUGCCUACGCCGUCACUCGAUCUGCUCGACAGUAUGCUUGUGCUGGAUCCCGAUCGACGCAUUACAGCCGAAGAUGCGCUAAAAUCUAACUGGCUUAAAAACGUUAUACCUGAGCAAUUACCUCCACCGCAGUUGCCAACGUGGCAGGAUUGUCACGAACUUUGGAGUAAGAAACGGCGGCGCCAGUUGCGGGAGCAGCAGGAAUCGGCACUCAAUCUUCCACCGGGCAAACCAUCGGGCAGCACAAUAAAGUUGGACGGUAUAACGUUACCCGGUGGCGGCGGUCCGACCGGUAUCAAUAUGCUGUAAUAUAGCAUGCGUUACUGAUCUGUUCGUAUCACGCAUACCUUACUUCCGAGGUAUACAAACCGAUUAGGAGAGAUUUGGCUACCCAAUUUCCGUUUCCAUCCGUUCUGGGGAGGAGGGUUUUUUUGUCCUUUGACGCGCGUGCAUGUUAGUGUAUAGGUGAUCGACAUCAACUCUAAAGUAUGCAAACACAGGUAACUUUGUACAGAGCAGGAUCAUUAGGGUACGAUAUAUCAUCUGUCUGUUCUGUUGUUCAGAUCCUAUUUUUUAACUAUUCGCAUACCAACUUGUUUUUACUACUCAUCAGUCUUUUUUUAUGGUUUGCAUAAUUGUGUAAGUGAUGCUAAUUCAAGUUUAGCUGUUUGUUGUUUUCUUUUUUUUUAACCAAGCGAAGAGAAAAUUUUCGAACUUUCUAAGAAAGUUAUAAUUGAGAGGUAAAGUAAUUAUUAUUUUUUCUUCCCUUCCUGCAAAUCUCCUCACACAAAACAGAAAAAAACCAGACGCAAAAUUAUGUUCUCUUUGCAUAAAAUUGAAAGUUGCAUAGAAAAUGAAGAAACCGUAAAAAAAAAACAAUAUCCAACCUGACGAAUGCGCGAAGAUGCUUAUGAUGAUGAGUACGAACUAUUUUAGUGAAAUAAAAGCUCUUGGUGCGUAUGUAGGAUAGCACCAGAAAGAAAUCAUGCGAAUCUUGAAGUGUCUUACAAAUUGUACGAUGAGGGAAAAGGGAAGGUUCAAAUAAUAGAAAAUUGCAUCUUUGAGCAUUCUCUGUUUGGCACAUAGCUGUUUCGCUCGAAGAAGAAAACAAA